AACAGACAGAGGCCAGCCUAGAGUUUGGCUUCAGUGGCCAGGAGUGUGAAGAUCAGGGCAGAUCCAACUACCUAGGGUGACCCCUGAGCUCCUUGCAGUGCCCUCAAGGAUACAGGUUACACACACGACAGGCAGGACACCAACACAGUACCCCGGGGUAAACACCUUUCCUCAAAUCCGCAAUGUCUCAAUACUGUACUAUGCCGACCCGUGAGAGGAAGAUGCACGCGGCCGCUAUUUGUCGAGAGGUCCAGGGGGGCGAUGCCAAUGGUGACACCAUGGACCUUGGAAAAAAGCUGAGUACUCCCAAAGACAUCAUGCUUGAGGAGCUUUCUCUCCUCUCCAACAGAGGCUCAAGACUUUUCAAAAUGCGCCAGCGGCGGUCGGAGAAAUACACAUUUGAAAGUAUCCAGAAUGAGACAAACAUGCAGCUGAAUAAUGAUUUGGAAAAUACUGAAAUCACAGAGGAUGGAGGCAAAACUCCUCCUAACACUCCAGCUCUGGGAAACCCUCCAAAUCCAGAAAACAUUGCACCAGGCUACGGGGGCCCUUUGCAGGAUGUUCCUGCUGAGAAGUUUAACAGUACUGCCGUGCCCAAGUCCUACCACUCCCCGUGGGAGCAGGCUAUCAUCAACGACCCAGCCCUCGCUGAAACUCUUAACCUUAAGAUGCCCGCCCCUGAGCCCAGGCCGGAGGGUCCUGACUACAAGAGCUUCAAUAGGGUGGCCACACCUUUCGGCGGUUUCGACAAAGCCCCCAGGGGAAUCACCUUCAAGCUCCCUGAGUUGGACCUCAAUGCCCCCAAGUACCCUGAGCUCCAGGACCCCGGGAUAAAGCGGCCUACCUUCAACAGGACUGCCCUUGGGUGGAUCUCUGAUGGCAGCCCCAUCAUCCUUCCCAUUGUCCCGCUGGAGCCUAUGAUAAUCCCAGAGUCUGAUGACCUGUAGAUACAUUACAAAAUACAAAGUGAUCUCAAGGACUAUUUUACACUAUAUAUUUAUGCUUUGGUCCUUUUGUAGUGGGAAUUUCUUUUUUGGCGUCACAUAUUUAUGUUAGGAGAAUUUGAUUUUUCAUUUUACAGUUGUUGUUUGAAGUCUUAUGAAUAGUUUAGGUUUUAUGUGAAUGCUAGAAUAUCCUAUAUUUAUUUAUUUUUCAAUGGUGUAUAUCAUAUAUUUGACAUCAAAAUAUAUUCAUAGUCUGCACAAUGACCAGAGCAUGAAGUAUUAUGUUUCAAAAGCUUGUGAGAUCCAACCAGUGUGUGACAAUAAGUAGCAUUAAGGCUAAAUCCUGAUUCAUUAUUGACAUGUUCAAUGUGCCAUGUGUACAGACACUUACUGGUGUGUAGGAAUUGUUCAUCAAAGCAAAUUAAUGUACAUAAAAAUCACACCUUAAGUUGUAUUUGAAAGUCUGAAAAUACAUUUAAAAAAUACGAAGCAAACUGUGUUCAUGCUUUAUGGCAUAGAUUUCAAUAUGGUGUAGUAUUCAUUAGUCCUAUGUAGCCUAAGCAUGAGGCUUGUACAAAAAUCAAGAUCACCAAUGUGUAAAUAAAAAAACAUCGGUGGAUUGUGACGCUAAAAACAACAAAAAUCAACUCCAUGCAGUAAUAAAAUCUGCAAACAAUUAACUUAUUGGUCGUUAGGCUUAAUGUGACCGUGAUAAUUGUCUACAUUAUGCGUUUAAACCGCGCAGUGCUACAAUAAAUGUAUAAUACAAACUG